AUGCCAGCCAAGUACUACAAUGCUAUUCUCGACUACCCACAAACCAUAUGGAUGCAUACAAUAUUACAGCAUCUAGCUUGCAGAGCCUUUGCGAAACGUGGGUGCUGUUCAAUUCCACCAAAAACCCGAAUGCGGCUAGCACCUAAUGCCAGCCAAAGGUGGAUGGUGUUCGAUUCCACCAAAAACCCAAAUGCGGCUAGCGCUCAAUGCCAGCCAAGUACCAUAAUGCUAUUCCCGACUACCCACAAACUAUAUAGAUGCAUACAAAAUUACAGAAUCUGGCUUGCAGAGCCUUUGCAAAACAGGUGGAUGGCGUUUAAUUCCACCAAAAACCCAAAUGCGGCUAGCGCUCAAUGCCAGCCAAGUACUACAAUGCCAUUCCCGACUACCCACAAACUAGGUGGAUGGUGUUCAAUUCCACUAAAACCCCAAAUGCAGCUAGCGCCCCUUGCUGCCUCGCUAAACAAUCCUCUUACCAAAAACGGUCAAGACCUCUCCGAUGCCUACCUUUCAACCACUCUCUCUUCUGCCACAACGCCUAUAUAG